CGGGUAGCAAAAAUUUCAUGUUUCCGCUUUCGCCUCAUGGCUUUGGGUUUUGUGAGACCGACCGACUUAUCAGGUGUCCCUUCUCUCGAGAGACACCGUCUGUCAAUUCCAGUUACCUCGAGUUUCCUGAUGGUCGCAGCUCUGCUUUGCCAUCAGCCGGUUCGGUCCUUUGUCAACACAAGUACAAUCCAACAUCACAGACUGCCUGCCAGGAUUAUUCCAGCCUCCCAAAGCAAACAAGCCGACCAGCAUCUUGAAUCCCUGCUCGCUCGAGCUGAAGCUCCGCCAGCACGUCAACCUCGUCAAUUUAUUUUCUAAGCCCGACAUCCUGCUUUAAAGAUGAUGACGAUGCUAUAGUUCACGUACUUAUUGCUUGCAUACCCUAGUGCUCUCUGCAACCCAAUCGCAUGUGUUUGCAUGGCAUUGGCCUGCUAUGGCAGC